AUGCCCAGCCUACCUUCAUCGGUCGACCUGGACGAGUGCAUUUCGCGGCUGUACAAAAAAGAACUCCUCGCCGAGCCCGUCAUCGAGGCCAUAUGCGCCAAGACGAAAGAGCUGCUGAUGCGAGAGAGCAACGUUGUCCACGUGCGAGCGCCAGUCACUGUCGUCGGCGAUAUUCACGGCCAGUUUUAUGACUUGAUCGAGAUCUUCAAGAUCGGAGGAUGGUGCCCAGAUACAAACUACCUUUUCCUAGGAGACUACGUCGACCGAGGCAUGUUCAGCGUUGAAACCAUCUCUCUCCUAGUUUGUCUGAAACUUCGAUACCCCGAUCGCGUUCACCUGAUUCGAGGAAACCACGAAUCCCGUGGCGUCACACAGUCCUAUGGCUUUUAUACAGAGUGCUCUAGAAAAUACGGCAACGCCAACGUCUGGCACUACUUUACCGACAUGUUUGACUUCCUGACCUUGAGUGUCGUCAUCAACAAUGACAUUUUUUGCGUUCACGGAGGCCUUUCUCCCUCCAUCCACUCCAUAGACCAAAUCGUCGUCAUCGACCGCUUCCGCGAGAUCCCCCACGAAGGCCCCAUGGCCGACCUCGUCUGGUUGUCAAGAAAGUUCCUCGCCGUCAACAACAUGAGCCACAUCCUGCGCGCCCACCAGCUGUGCCAGGAGGGCUUCCAGGUGCUGUACGACGACAGGCUCAGCACCGUCUGGAGCGCGCCCAACUACUGCUACCGCUGCGGCAACAUGGCGAGCGUGCUCGAGGUCAGCGACACGGGCGAGCGCUUCUUCAACGUCUUCGCCGCCGCGCCCGAGAAUGACCAGGUCAAGGACAUGCAGCAGAACGGGCCGGAGAAGCUGGCGGACGGCACGGGCUUGCCGGAUUACUUUUUGUGA